AGGUUAAAACGACUUCUCCUAAGAAGUAUUUUGUGUAACCAAACACCGGUGUUGUACAGCCUUUGGAUUCAUCUGUCAUUAGAGUCACUCUCCAAGCUCAACGGGAAUAUCCUCCAGAUAUGCAAUGCAAAGACAAAUUUCUGCUACAAAGUACCGUAGUCCCUUCAAAUACCGAUGUGGAUGAUCUCCCGGCUGAUGCUUUUAAUAAGGAUAGCACUAGGGAGAUACAGGGGUGCAAGCUUAAAGUUUUCUAUGUAACUCCUUCCUCUCGAGGAAGUUCAGAAGAUGAAGGGUUUAAGAGCUAUCCAGAACAAGGCGCUGAUUCAAACUCCACUGUGCAGCACCUGAAGGAUGAAAGAGAUGCAGCCAUUCGGCAAACACUGCAGCUGCAACAGGAACUGGUAUUUUAUUUUAUUUAAUUUAUGAUUC